UUCAAUCUUUUUUACAUUAUUAUGGGGGGAACCUAAACAUAGAAAGGAAAAAGUUUAUUCAGAUAAAAGAUCUUAGUUAUAAAGAGAUGAGAAUAAAACUAUACUUUUUCGGAAAGUAAUGACAGAAGCGACAAUGAAAGGGACAUGAAAGGGAUCAUUUAACUAACUAACGAAAACUAACCUAAAUACAAUUUUGGAUUGGACGUCAUUUAAAAGACAAAUUUUCUGUAAAUACGUACCAUAAAGAAAAUGAAAUUAUUUGAGUGUUUCAAUAAAACUUUACCCAUGGUUCAACAAUUUAGACUUCAACAAUGCUGUAAGCCAUGUCUAUGGACUCCAGUAACCACUUAACACCAGGUGGGCUGUGUGGACGUCCACCCAUCUAAGCAAUAAAAAAAAAGAUGUCCGAAACCUCAACACCUAAUAUGUUUCAAACAGUGGACUGCUGAAAUGGUCCUCGAUGUUAUUACUAGCGCCAUUAAUUUAAAAUGUAAAUAUCGGAACACACAUCAGAAAAGAAUUGAUGUCUUGAAAAAUACAAAAGUGAUGAUUUUGCAAGAGGUGAACGAGCCAAUCUUAAAUAUGGCCGUAUCAAAAGCUGCUACACUACUCGGAGCUUUUGACGUCAAUAUUACGGAUCGAGUAGUUUGGGAUCAUGACUAUAAUGGCAGCAUAUUCUCGUUCAUGUCCGAUGUAAUUUUCGUGUCCACCACUACACACAUGUGCGUUCAGAGGUUCGCUGAGAAAUCCCUAGUUCCUGUCAUCUGCAUGAGAUCAAGGACCCACGCAAGCAUACAAUCUUUGGCCACUAUUAUGGCUAUAAUUGAAGAAUUUGGCAGUAUGAGAUGCGUCAACGUGUCAUAUAUGGGACCACCCCAUCCCAUACUCAACUCCUACUUACUACUCUGUCCAAUGUUGGGAGCAAACUUCAAGUUUAAAUGUUGCUGUGAGAAAUGUCCAGUGAGCCCGCUCCUUUACAAAAGCAGCGAAGAGUUGACAGCACAGUCGGCAACGGAAGUAAAGCAGUGCAGCGAUAAAAACGAUGUUUUGAAAAAUACGUGCGUCGUCAUCGCUGGUCCAACCACAAAGCAUAGGGAUAAAAUUGAACUAUUUAAAUUUUCGAUUGAAGAUAUACAAAGAAAUACGUGCUGUAGCUGGUUGUUCUUCCACACGUGUCCUCGUGGCGAGGAGGUCGACGACAAGCUAUUCUGUCAUUUAAAUUCUAGAACUUUCAACGCGAUUGAGAACAUGCAUUACAUUGCGGCCGCAUUAAUGGCUAAUGCAGUAAAAGGCUACAAAUUUUAAGAGUUACCGAUUAUUUACAGCAAUGGAUAGUCUACAAAUUUUAUACUAGACUAGCGGACCCGACAGACUUUGUCCUGUUAAUGCAUACACAAAAAUUCAUUCAAGUCGAUCCAGCCGUUUAGUUGCAGUAUACAUAAAUAACCUAGAUACCGACUGCAGCGCCACCUGCCGGACUAAUUUGUGAAUCUAAACCAUUCAAGGCGCUAGUUAAAUGCAUUCAAAAAAUCCAUUCAAAUCGGUCCAGCCGUUUAGGAGUUCAGUGACAUACACACGUACAGUAGAAUUAUACAUCUCUCUUCUUUUUCUCCACCUUAUCCUACUAGGUGGGGUCGGCACAGCUAAUUUUUCUCUUCCAUUCUCUUCUAUCAGCAAUCAUCUCAACACUCACUCCUCUCUCUCUCAUAUCGUCAUUCACACACUCCAUCCAUGUUUUCUUAGGUCGACUUCUUCCCCCUCUACCUUGCACUACCAUUUCCAUACAUCUCCAAGUCACAUGCAUCUUCUCUCUACGCAUCACAUGUCCAUACCGUGCCGUAAAAUCGUAGUAGAAUUAUAUAUAUGAAGAUAAAUAUUAAAAGAAGUUACCUGAAGUAAUCCGUCACGACACAUUAACAUGUGACAUGUCUUCGGUAUUUCUGUAUUCGUGAAAUGUCUGAAUUUGUUACGUAAAAAUAAUAAAACCUUAAAUGAAAACGAUUAUAA